AUGAGUGCUAUAUUAAAACAGGCAACAAAUGUAUACACGAUAACACUUUUCCGUGAUUUUGAAGAAGAGUUCAAGCUUUCUGUGGCAAGUAGUACAAUGUUCAAGGAAAGUGUAGGAAGAACAGUGUUUUUUGAAGUGUGGAUAGAAGGAAUAACAGGAUCAAGGCAAGAAGUUCAAUACAAAAUGGAAGAUUCAACCGUCACUUGCACAUGCAAAAACUUUGAAGAAUAUGGAUGGUUGUGCUUCCAUUGUUUAAGAAUAUUGCAUUUACAUUCAAUCAAUACAAUUCCAGAUCGUUACAUAACAACAAGAUGGACUAGAUAUGCAAAGAAACAGAUAUGGGAAAGGGUUGAUACAAUAAAAAGGGAGAAAGGUGAAAUCAACAAUUUUACUGGUUGGAGAUUACAUAGGCAUAAGAUAGCAAAAGCCAGAAAAUUUAUCGAGGAGAAGUUUAAAAUGGAUAAUAAAGCAGUUGAUGAAAUCAUAAAAAAGGAAGAAGAAAGGAAGGCAAAAGAAGAAGCUGCAAAGAUAGCAGAACAAGAAAAGGCAAAAGGUGAAGCACAACGAGAAACACAAAACGGGGAAUCAACUAAUUUUGAAAUAACAAUUGUGCUUGAUCCUGAUCGUGCUAAUACUAAAGGAAAGAGUAAGAAGAGAAUAAAGGGUCAAUAUGACAAUUACAAGCAGCCAUCAAAGAAAGGAAAAAAGAAACACAAAGAAUUUGGAUCCAAGACACCCAAUAUUCAAUUAUUUACACCUAAAGAACAACUAUUUUAG